CCGUAGUCCGUGUCAGCACGUGGAGCGAACGGCAGCUGGAGGAGGAGCGACAAUGUAACUGGCUGGGCUGACUCGGCCAGCUCCGGGGCAGGCAUGGAGCGGGCGCAGCAAACGGGCAGCCCCGGUAAUGAAGGAGACGCUGGGGCAAGGACCUUCCUGGCAAAGCGCAUGCUUUGCACGCAGAAUGCCAAUCCUUGGCACCUCCGAUGUGCAAAAGGAGUUUCCAAGUGGGACAUCCGCCAUAAAAUUUGGGACUACAUGGAAGCAAAUAACUUGGCUGAUUUCCCAAGACCUGUCCAUCACCGGAUUCCCAAUUUCAAGGGAUCUUUCGAGAUGAGCAGCUCCGCCCAAGCAUGGGAUGUCUUUGAUAAAGCCAUGGAGGUCAAGGUGGAUCCUGACAAACCUCUGGAGGGAAUCCGGCUGGCUGCGCUGCAGGCCAGGAAAGCUCUCUUGGUGCCAACCCCACGCCUGCGGACGGGGCUGUUCAACAGGAUCAUCCCUCCCCCUGGAGCAACCAAAGAGAUGCUAAGAAAAUGUGCCACCUCUCAAGGUGUUCGGGAUUACAGCGUACCUGUCGGACUAGACUCAAAGGUCCACGUGGACCUGGUUGUGGUAGGAUCUGUGGCUGUUUCUGAGAAAGGCUUCCGAAUCGGGAAAGGAGAAGGCUUUGCAGACCUGGAGUAUGCAAUGAUGGUCUCCAUGGGAGCUGUAAGAGAGGACACAGUAGUUGUCACAGCCGUUCAUGACUGCCAGGUGGUUGACAUACCAGAAGAUCUGCUGGGCGACCAUGACCUAACUGUGGAUUACAUCCUUACCCCAACGAGAAUAAUCAAGACAGGGUGCAACCACCCCAAGCCACAAGGGAUCCUCUGGCACAAGAUCAAUCACGAAAUGCUGGGGAAGAUCCCAGUCCUCAAGAACCUCCGCCACAGAGAGAAACAAGAAGGCAAGGAUGUUGCCCUCAAGGAAGAACAGCGAGAUGUUCCAGCUGCUGACAAGCCAGUGAGAGUUGCCAAGAAGAGCAGACCUGAAAGAAGCAGUUUCCAGGAUCAGGCCAGCCUGUCCCAAGCAAGUCGAGAAGGUGAGGCAUCACCAGACAACUAUCCCCUCCCUGAUGCACCUGCCGCUGUGUAUGUGGGCAGCAUUCCUCAAGGGACCAGAGUGGGCGAGUUAAAGGAUGCCCUGAGACAGCGCCACGCAACCCCUGCAAGACUGACAUGGCAAGGAGCACAACACCGGGCGUUUCUCAAUUACAGUGAUAAGGCCACAGCUGAUGCUGCUGUUGUGGCUCUACAGGGCUUAAGCCUCCACGGUAGUCCACUGAGAGUAGAACUCGCCAGGAGCCAGCUGAGCAAAACAGGAAGCAGGCCGAGGUGAAGCUGAACGGACAAGCAGGUGCAGAUCUGGGUACACCAAUGGAGUACAGCAUGCUUGAAAGGGUUUUCAGGGUUGGGUGAUCUUAUCGAACUUGGAGGCUACUUCUUUGGACAGGGACCCUGAGUCUUCACAAAAAUAACUGGUAUUUUAAUGAAUGCUGAGGCUUUAGAACAGAUUUUUUUAGCUACUCCAGAUGUUGGACUCCAACUCCCAUCAGUCCCAGUUAGCAUAGCCAGCACUCAAGGAUGAUAGAAGCUGUAGUCUAGCAAAUCUGGAGGGCCAUGGAUUCCCCCCAAGCUACUCAAAGCUACAUUACCCAGAAUCCUCAGCAGGGGGCAAUGUCAGGGCUUGGUCUACAUGGCAGAAGCAAUGAGUCUGCCGUCUCUGCAUGUUCCCUUAAGUAGAGAACUAGCACAUCAAGAAUAGUUCUAACCCAGCCCAUUCCCUGUUUGCUAGCUUUAUGCUGACAGGGAGGUGUUUUCUUUCAGUUUUUAAAGAUGGUGGAGCAUGCAAAGAUGUGAUACGCCCCAUCACCACAGUCAGAGAUGGAAAAGUCCCUUCUAGCAUAUCACUGCUCUUGACACCUUGUACUUCUGCUGGUACAAAUCAGUUUAAACCACUUUGAAUUAACCACAUAAACAUACAUUCUAUGGAGAAACCAUUUAAACCACUUUGCACAAAUCCUAUUUGGCCAUGGUAUUGCUUGAUGAAUCAAAAUUAUGCGCACCUGCCCAGCUCUCUGCUGUUGCUCCCUUUAUAUCCAUUUACUAUUUUGCUGCAUUCAGAUAUGAAUUAUAAUACUUGAUAUUUGAGUACAACUAGGGUUGGCUUUCUACUGCAUUAGAGCUCCCAUCAUCCCUGACUAUUAGGCCAUGCUGGCUGGGGCUGAUGGAAGUGAGAGUCCCACAAUAUUUGGAGGGCCACAGGUUCCCCAUUCCCUUGUGAAAGAGGGGAAUGCCUCUUCUGAACAGAGUCAUUCUUCCGUCUUUUCCAGGCAGCAGAGAAUGCUGCUUUCGAAAUGAGGGAUAGGGGACCUUGUGUUGCUGGACUACAAGUCCCACCACCCCUGACCAUUAGCCAUGCUAGCUGGGGCUGAUGGGGAAUGUGGUCAAACAACCUCUGGAGAGCACCAGGUUCAGAAAGGAUCCUCUGUGGGGAAGAGUUGAUGUGAAGAGUGCAUUUAGAACACGUGUGCACAAAUGCCUUUUACAGAAUAAAACUAAUCUCUUGGAUUUCCCCUCCCU